AUGAGUGUAUAUAGCGAAACAAGCAAAACCCUGGUGGUUGGCGUGGACGUUGGAGGCACAAAUACAGACAGUGUUCUACUAGAUAUCUCUAAAUCUAGCGGAGAUGCCGUUAUAGCAUCCCACAAAACACCAACGACUUCCAAUGUGACCUUGUCUGUGCAGGCCUCCCUGGAGGCUUUGUUGAGUAAGUCGGCUGCGACGCCUACCGACAUUACCGCCCUGGCCAUCGGUACCACCCACUUCCUCAACGCCAUCAUCGAAAAGGACUCCUCUCGGGUAGAGCAAGUCGCGGUGCUUCGUCUAGCAUCUCACCAUUUUUCCGAUGGUACGCCACCCUUUGCCGACUGGCCACGGUCUCUUGAGAAGAUAGUCCACGGCCAUUCGGCCAUUAUCCCAGGUGGAUGUAAUAUCGAUGGAACACUUAUUGGCCAUGUCGAUGAGGCGACCGUGCGAGAGCAGGCUAGCAUCAUCAAGUCCAAGGGGAUCAAGAACGUUGCCGUCGUGGGAAUCGGCUGUGCGACAGAUGAGAAGUACCACCAGGAGGACACCGUGCACGACUGGCUCCGCGAUGCGCUCGGUGACGACGUCAACAUUAUCCUCUCGCGCAACAUCGCCGGGCCCGGUCUCCUUGCCCGCGAGAACGCAUCUAUCCUAAACGCAGCGAUCAUGAACUUCGCCAAGCGGACCAUCCGCGCCUUCAUCGGCGCAAUCCGGCGCAUCAAGCUCAACUGCCCCUUAUACCUCACCUCCAACGUCGGCCAUCUCCUGCCCUUCUCGGAGGCCAUGCGAACACCUAUCCGCGUGUUCUCCUCAGGCGCGACCAACUCCAUCCGCGGCGCCGCGUUCCUCGCCAAGUCGUCCUUGUCGCAGGGCGGCUCCAUCGUCGUCGACAUCGGGGGCACCACCACCGACGUCGGCUAUCUCCUCAAGAACGGCUAUCCCCGACUCGCCAAGACGUACACCGAUCUCGCGGGCGUCAAGGUCAACCUGGAGAUGCCGUCGGUGGAGAGCAUCGGGCUCGGCGGCGGCUCCAUCCUGCACAUCGCCGAGAAUACCAACCACGUAACGGUGGGCCCGGACAGCGUCGGCCACCACCUCACCGAGAAAGCGCUCUGCUUCGGCGGCGCCGUCGCGACGGCCACGGAUGUCGCGGUUGCGGUCUCCGGCGCGGCGGUCGGCACGGCAAAAGUCUCGCUCCCAGAAGAAACCGCCGCGAGGGCAAACGUCCGCAUCACGAAGAUGCUAGAAGACUGCAUCGACCGCGUGAAGCUGAGCCCGGACCCCUGCCCCGUCAUCCUCGUCGGCGGCGGCGCGAUCCUCUGCCCGAGUUCGCUCGCGGGCGUGAGCGAGGUGGUCGUGCCUGCGCACGCCGGCGUCGCCAAUGCCAUCGGCGCCGCGAUCGCGAAGGUCUACGGCUCCGCGGAGCUGAUCGUCCGGGGCGCCGGGGGUGUUGUCGCCGAGGGAGUCGGGGAGGUGCGGCGCCGCGCGGUCGAGAACGCGGUCGCGAAGGGCGGGCACGGCGGCUCGGCCGUCACGCUGCGCGAGGAGGUGGCCGGGGUGCCGUACACGACGGACCAGACGCUGAUCAGGAUCGAGGUCGCGUGCGAGGCCGACCACGGGCGCGUGCGUGCCGCGAUGUCGGAGACGCCGGUGGCUGACGACCUCGUCGACGAGGUGUUGCACGAGGAGACGAAGGCGCACGCGCUGUCUUCCUUCGACGACGACGACGACGACGAUGAGCUCGCACGCGUCGAUUUCAAUACUUACCGCCCGACUGUUACUGCGUCGGGCGAGUGGCUGCUCUCCGAGCCCGACAUCCGCUUCCUCGCGAUCGGCUGCUACAUCCUCGGCUGCGGCGGCGGCGGCUCCCCCUACGAGCCGUACCUGCACCUGCGGCAGCUGCUGCGCGGCGGUGACAGCGUCCGGAUCUCACGGCUCGAGGACCUGAGGGAUGACGACGUGAUGCCGGUGGUUGCGAGCGUGGGCACGCCGGCGGUUAGUAUUGAGAGGCCUGGGGGCCAUGGCGUGCUACAUGCGAUGCGGGCGAUGGAGGAGGAGGUGGGCGCGAGGUUUGAUCGUAUUGUGGCGACGGAGAUUGGGGGGUCGAAUGGUGUGGGCAUGUUGGUUUGGGGCAGUGGGAGGUUCUACGGGGUUCCGGUCGUGGAUGGCGAUAUGAUGGGCCGCGCCUAUCCCGCCUUCGAAAUGGUAUCCCAAUACCUGCACGCGCCCUCCGUCAACGCCAUGCUCCCCGUGAUCCUGUGCAGCGGCGGCGGCCAAAGCGUCACCAUCCCGCGACCACAGCCAGACACAGAAACCGCGAGCCUGAAGAUCCGCACCGCGUGUGUCGAGAUGGGGUCGGCUGCUGGCGCGGCGGGGAAUCCGGUCACUGGGAAGGAGAUGAGAGAUGUAGGCAUCCCGAACACGUACUCGCUGGCCUGGAGGCUCGGUCGUGCGGUUGCGGCGGCUCAGCAGAGGGGCGAUGUGGCGGGUGUCCCACAGGCGAUUAUUGAGGCGGCUAAUGGUGGGGAUGGGGGUAGGAGGAGCGCAAGGGUGCUGUUCCAGGGGAAGAUCCGCAGCGUGAAGAGCACGCUGACGACGACGGCGCAUAGUCUGGGGGAGGUAACGGUUGAGCGGCUGAGUGAGAGGGAGAGGGAGACGGAAGCGGAUGUAGGAGAGGUUGGUGAAGAGGGGCUGGUGGAGGUUGUGGUGCCAUUUAUGAACGAGAAUUUGGUUGCGAUUGGGAAGAGGGAGGAUGGUUCGGAGGAGGUUCUCGCGACUAUCCCCGACCUAAUAUUCCUCCUCGACACAUCUACCGGCGAGGCCGUCGGCGUGCAGGAAUACCGCUACGGGUUGAAGGUUACGGUUAUGAUCAUGGCGCCCCAUCCAAUCUGGGCCACGAAACGGGGGCUCGAGGUGGCGGGCCCGAGUGCGUUCCAUUUGCCAUAUGAGUAUAAGACGACGCUCGAGUACACGAAGCCGGUUAGUGUAAUUGAUGAGUUUCGGCCUAAGGUAUAG